AUGUCUCUGCCUCAAGCCACCACCUCUUUCCUCUCGCAGCUCGCUGUGCGACGUAGCACCUACACUCUGGCCAAGAGCCCGUCAAUCCUGAACGUUGAUCAGAUCCAGACGGUCCUCAGCAAGGUGUUGCGCGAAUCUCCGUCUUCGUUCAACUCCAAGUCUCCGCGUUUGGUGCUUCUGCUCGGUGACGAGCACGACGAGUACUGGUCCAAGACGGUUCCCGAAGCGCUGAGUGCGGCUAUCAAGUCGCAUGGUGGCGACGACAAGGCUGUCGCCGGUGCGCUCGGUCGUCUUGACCUCUUCAAACCUGCGUUUGGUACGGUUCUAUUCUUCGAAUCGAAGUCCGUCGUCGAGGCUCAGCAGAAGAACAUCCCACAGUACGCCGAAAACUUCCCCAUCUGGUCUCAACACGCUUCGGCCAUCGUGCAAACCAACACGUGGGUUGCGCUCACCAACGCCGGUUACGGUGCCAACUUGCAGCACUACGGAAACUUGACCCAGGAUCAGCUUAAGAAGAAGCACAACUUGCCAAGCGACUGGCAGAUCGUCGCCGAACUCGUGUUUGGCGCCAAGACAGACGAGCCCAAACCCAAGGAGUACGACGAGCAACACGAAAACGCCGACCGUAUCAAGGUGUUUGGCGCAUAA